UGCUGAGUUGGGUUGGGUAGGUAGAAGCUAGAUUUCUUACCACCAUAACAGCAAAGCGAAAGAAGCGUGUAGCGUAACGCAACUCGGCUAAGCUGGCUGCACCGCGCACGUAUGUUUUUCGGUUCAGUUGAGCUUAGUUCGUUGUUUGGAAACGAUCGAAAAUCGUUAUUGAUCCAGGAGAGUAGAAAAUGGAACUGUACUAUUCUCCGGCGUCGGCGCCCUGUAGGGCCGUCCAGAUGACGGCCCUGGCCCUUGGGGUCCAGUUGAACCUGAAGGAGAUCAAUUUGAUGAAUGGCAUGAACCACCAACGCCCGGACUACGGUCGUAUUACACCCCAGCACAGCAUUCCAACGCUGAAGGAUAAGGAUCUGAUUCUGUGGGAAAGCAGAGCCAUUCAAAUGUACCUGGUCGAACAAUACGGCAAGGACGAUACCCUUUAUCCGAAGGACCCAUCAAAGCAAGCCAAAGUUAACGAAAGACUAUUUUUCGACGCCUGCAUCUUGUAUCAUCGAUUCGCCGAAUAUUACCACGAGCAGGUCUACGGAGGGUUGGAAGGAGACGACAAGAAACUGGCGGCACUGGAAGAUGCGGUGAAAAUGCUGGAUCUAUUUUUGGAAGGACAGCCCUACGUGACGGGGGAGGCCAUGACGAUUGUCGAUCUGAGCAUGCUGGCAACGGUUGCUACGAUGAACUGCCUCGGGUUUGAGCUGAAGCCUUAUCACAACGUGCUCGAAUGGUACAAACACAUGAAAGACGUGGCCCCGGGGUCGAAAUUCAACGAAGCCGGUGCGAAGGAGUUCGCAGCACUGAAAUGAAGGUAAAGGACGAGAAGGUGAUAGUAUACUUUUUAUUAAGACUUCCAUUUAAUACCAUUUUAAAAUAGAGCUUUUAUUUACACUUAA